AAAGGCUUGAAUCAAUCUGGCAACCCUGAUGCUGCGGCGCGCGCGCCUGUGAUACUACUAGAUCCUCGCGCGCGUUCGAUUUAAACAGGCGCCGUUCUCCUGGCUGUGGAAACACCGACUCAUCCUCUGCUGCAUGCACUCAAACCUGGACUUUUUAUUUCUCUACAAGGAUUAAACUACUUUUUUUUUUAGUGGAGGGAAUGUGUAUGCGAAGUGAAGCUACUGUCCCGUGCGUGGACCGGGUGUUUAAUUUAACCCAGUUUUCAUGGUCAUUAUGAAUUUUUUAAACGAGGUGAAAUCUGUCGGGAGAAGUGCGCGUGCUUAAUAUCAAGUUCCUUGUACUGGAGAAAAGAGAUUUUCAUUUAUCGGAAACUUUGGGAGCUUUAUUGUUUUUGGUUUUUUUUUUUUUCUCGUAGAAGACAAGUUAGAAGGAUGUUUUUUUGCUACACGACGAGCACGACCAUCCUCUUCCUCCUCCUCCUCUUCCUCCUCGUGAGUGCUGGUUGGUGUGAAAAGUCGCCUCACAGGUUGGUGAAGUCCACACCAGUACAUCUGGACAAGAGUUACGGGAAGCUCUACAAACACAAUCAGUGCCAUUACAUGCUCAAACACCUUCAAGAUGGAGAGCAGAUCAGUGUGCAGAUGCCUCCUGAUAUUGCUGGACACUGGGUAUCUGAAAGCUGUGAGGUGAGACCCGGACCUGAAUUCCUCACUCGAUCUUACCACUUCUUCUCAAACCACACCUUCCAGGCCCUUCAGUUCUAUUACAGGGACAACCACUGCACAAAGCCAAGCUAUACGCUGCUCAUCGAAGGCAGUCUGCACCCCCGUCAGGCAUCAUGGCUUGUCCGCGGAGGCACGGAGACGGACUACCAGCUGAGUCGAGUGUUACUGGUUAGCUACAGCCUGCCAGUGACCAAAGAUCUCCAGGUAAAACUAGAGAUGUCCUGCGGUCUGACAGAGCACCUGCAGCCGGAUCUCAGCUAUGAGUUGUGGGUAGAGGGCUCUGAUCGUGACUGCACCCACGGCUUAGACUUCAGCAUGCAGGAGCUGCAGCUGUUACGCAUGGAGAGGCGCUUUCGUCCCAGCGAGACUGAGAGACAUGCGGAGGAGUUGUUUGUGGGGGACGUGCACACAGAGCGCACACAGAGGCGAAACCACAGGCCCACGGGCUACCAGCCCCCCCUGCAGAACAUCAAGACUUAUGAUAACAGCUGUAUCGCCUGCCAGAUCGUCUCUGUAGCAGAUUUAUAUCAUCCCCCAGUUCUGCCAUCUCGGACUGAUCACCCCCCGCGUCUCUACGGUAACUGGGUCAGCAAACGCUGUGAGGUCCGCCCAGGGGUGCUCUUCCUCACCCGUCAUUUUGUCUUCCACAAGGAUAGCAACAUCUGGGAGGGCCACUAUUACCACUACUCUGACCCAGUCUGCAGGCAUCCCACAUUCAGCAUCUCUGCUAAAGGACAGUACAGCCCAGGCGUUCCCUCCACUACAGUCAUGGGAGGCACUGAAUACACAUUCACAGUGACCCAGAUGAAGGUUACUCCAAUGGAUGUGGCCACUACCUCUCUCCUGAACGUCUUCAGUGGUGAUGAAUGUGGAAAACACGGCUCCUGGAAGCUGGGAGUCCAGCAGGACGUUACUCCGACAUCAGGCUGUGCCGCUCUAGGCAUCCGUCUGCCUCACACUGAAUACGAGCUUUUCUACAUGGGACAAGAUUCAGCUGGACACCGCCUCCUCUUUAAUGGACAGAGACCUACCAAUGGCUCAAGCCCUGACCAGCCUCACAAGCGUGCCACAUCCUACCAGCCUCCACUGAUCCACUGCAGCUCCGGACAGAAAAGUGUUGGAAAGGAGGGAGACCAUUAUUUCAGGCUUGGGAAUGGAUGCAAUACACAGCCCCAGUACCUGGUAUAUCCCCUCAUUUUGGUCCAGCUUGUCUUUUGUGUUAUCUAAGAUCAGCACACUCCAUUUCUGCUUAUCACAGGAAAAAAACUGAAGUGUGAAGAAACUGUCCUAUAUCCAGCUCACAGCUUCUUUAAUCCAUGGGAUUAAUUAUGUUAACUAGUUGUCAAUGAUGUCAGUUAGGAUGGUGGAACUGCUUCAGCAGCCUUUGUUUUUAAGUGUUGUUGAAAGAAUGUUCGUGCUACUUCUACCAUCUCAUGACCUGUACAUUUUACAAUAGCUAAAAGUCACCAAUACAUAUUU